GGCGCGUUGCUAAGCAACCCCCUACCAAUCAGCAUCUUGCUUUCGCUUGGGAAGGGGCGGGGCUAUCCCACGUGACCGGAAGGCCGCUCUAGCCCGGCGCCGCUGAGGAGCCUCGAUGGUUCGGCGGAGCUGACGCUGCAGCUCCGGUACCGGCUGUCCCGGCCCCGGACCCCCCCCCCCCCCCGCCGCGGCCAUGGCGCAGGCCCGGGGGGUGAACAGCAUCCGGUUCAACCAGGACCAGAGCUGUUUCUGCGUUGCCAUGGACACCGGGGUCCGGAUCUUCAACGUGGAGCCCCUCAUGGAGAAGGGGCAUUUGGACGCAGAGCAGGUCGGGAGUGUGGCGCUGGUGGAGAUGCUGAACCGCUCGAACCUGGUGGCGCUGGUGGGGGGGGGCAGCAGCCCCAAGCUCCCCGAGGCCUCUGUGCUGAUCUGGGACGACGCCAGGGAAGGGAAGGACAAACUGGUGCUGGAGUUCACCUUCCCCAAGCCUGUGCUGGGGGUCAGGAUGCGGCCGGACAAGUUGGUUGUGGUGCUUCAAACCCGUGUCUACGUCUUCUCCUUCCCCCACAACCCCACAAAGCUCUUUGAGUUCGAGACCCGCGACAACCCCAAAGGGCUCUGUGACCUCUGCCCCAGUCCGGACAAGGCCCUCCUGGUGUUCCCUGGCCACAAAUGUGGGAGCCUCCAACUGGUGGACCUGGGCGUGGCCCGGCCCGGGACGUCGCGGGCGCCGGCUCUGAUUGGUGCUCACCAGAGUGAGGUCGCGUGUGUGGCCCUGAGCCCCUCGGGGGCUCUGGUGGCCUCAGCCUCACGUCGGGGGACCCUGAUCCGGGUGUUCUGCAGCCAGAGCAGGGCCAGGCUCCUGGAGCUCAGGAGGGGCAGUGACCCUGCCUGCGUGCACUGCCUCGCCUUCAGCCCGGACUCCUCCUUCCUCUGUGCCGUCAGUGACAAAGGCACCGGGCACGUGUUUGCCCUGCGGGACACGCGGCUCAACCGGCGCUCGGCCCUGGCUCGUGUGGGGAAGGUGGGGCCGGUUCUGGGUCCCUACGUGGAGUCCCAAUGGUCGUUGGCCACGUUCUUGCUGCCGGCUGAGGCUGCUGCUGUCUGCGCCUUCGGGCGGGGGGGGCGGAGCCCGAGCUCCGUCGUGGCUGUUUGUGCCGAUGGAACCUUCCACAAGCACGUGUUCAGCCCCGACGGGAACUGCAACCGCGAAGCCUUCGACGUCUUCCUGGACAUCUGUGAUGACGACGACUUCUGAGCCCGAAAAUACCCCCAAAACACCCCAAAAACACCCC